GUCAUGUAAGCAGCGCCAGCCAGUCGAGUUGGCCAGAGCUAUUGCCACCUUUAUAUAGGCCUAUGUCUUUUAGAAUGGCAAGGACAGCGGCAGGCAAUCGAGUUUGUGUCUAGCCUACAGAUUGUGGCGAGACAAACAUGCUCUUGGCGUCAUGCCCACGUUUCUUUUGCUCGCGUGUGUCGUCACUGUGUUACAUCACUUCCGGUCACACGUCACAGCCUCGUGCCAUCUGGUCAUUGCCUGGAACUGUAACGGCACCUACGUCACCAGCCGGCCAGCAGACGACAGCUGCGUGGCCUGUGGUCGGGUCAGGGGCCUAGCAGACGGUCAGCUGCUGGUCAACCUGACCGGAUGUGGCGUCACAGAGAACGACACGCUCCGGGUUCCAGACGACACGACUUGGCUGGUGCUUGACCACAACAACAUCCGGCACCUGAGGGACAACUUUCUGCAGCUGGACACGCUACGUCAUCUCAGCAUCCGGCAGUCUCACAUCAGCACUGUACAGGCUGACGCCCUACGUGGCUUAAAAAACCUGGAAGUCCUUGACCUUGAGGGCAACUUUAUCAAGGUCACGUGCACCAGUUCCCUGCCGCCUGCCGUGUUCCGCCAUGUUCCCCGCCUGAAAACUUUACAGCUGGCAGACAACUGGAACCAAGGGUGCUCGUCAGACGCGGCUCCCCGGGGCGCGGGAGGCGACAUGUUCCACUACCUGCCCAGGCUUGAGUCCCUGUCUCUGGACGCUCCCUCGGGUGAGCUCCGCCUGGGCCCAGAGUUCCGCAACCUGUCGCACCUGUCGAGCCUGCGCCUGCAGUGUACCCACGUGACCAGCACGACCAACGUCAGCCUGCAGUCCCUGUGGGACCUGCCCCUGAUCAACCUGACCGUCUACAACUUCGACCAGCUGGCCAUUGACCCCGAGUUUGUUGACCCGGGAAAGGUCACGUUCCACGAAGACACGUUCCAGAGACUGGACUCUCUGCAGAACCUGGUCAUCGCCAACUGUAAGAUCGGCAACCAGCAGAUCGCGCGGACACUCAAGCCGUUUGUCAACAAGAGGCUGACGUCAUUGACGCUGAUAGAGACGCACUACAAGCGAGUCUUUAACACACCUCCCAUCAUCUUCCAGGAUGGUACCAUCACCAACGUCACCACCCAGUUCCUCAGGCAGAUCGAGUUGUCGCACCUGGCGUGGAUCAACAGCAACCUGAUAGCCGUGGCCCCAGGGGCCCUCAUCAGCCCCCAGUGGAAGACCAGCAUCAGGACCCUGGAUUUCUCACAGAACGACCUGGGGCGGGUCGGCUGGAGAAUCGCCAUUCUAGAAAUUUCCAGCUUACAGAAACUCCAAGAGGUUGUCAUGUCGUCUGUGACGUCAAGCGAUGAUGACGUCAGGCCGAAGUUGGAAGGUGUCUCGGCAGACGAUGAGUGUGAUGUUCUAACUUCCGGUGAUGACAUCAUUAAAACAAACCAACGCGACUUAGCCCAGCCCGUCCCAGCCCAGCGCGGUCGGUACGCCACCUCCCAUCCCCCGCCCCCCACCUCCCAUCCCCCGCCCAGUGUGAACCAGCUGGUGAGGGCGGGAGGUCCCCACAGUGACAGACGACCAGUCUCAGAAAGUUCACCAGAGAUCGCGUGGUCAGCCGAUCAUUCAGUCAAGCUCCCCCUGGUGGAGUCAAGUUCUGGCGGCAACUGGAGCCUGCGUGUGCCGCCACGUCUGCAGACCUUCAGGAUUGUCGGCAUCAUGAGCGGCGCCACCAGAUUUGGAGACCAAAGCGCGCGUUUCACCCAGGCCGGCGACCUGAAGCACAUGUACAUCGUCAACAACUACGUCAUUUCCGGAACAGGCAGAGUCCUAGGGCUUUCGGCCUUGACCUUGUUUGACCUGAGCGGGACCUUCAUGGACGUGCAGCACUAUUUCUUUGACGACUUCCCCGGCCUGCGCAUUCUCCGGCUUAAAUCCAUGCGACCGGAAAACUUCUUCAGCCGGUUAUCUUGUGACCGGCUCAUCGCAAAUCUUCCGCACCUGGCGUAUCUUGAUCUUUCCAACAACCGGCUCAACCGGCUGCCGGCGGGCGUGUUCCAGAGAAAUCCCAGGAUGACACACGUCAUCUUAGCAAAGAACCGGUUCAGCUGCUUGCCCUUUGACCUGAACAACACCCCUGACCUUGAGUACCUUGACCUCUCGGAGAACGCCGUGACCUACCUGGAGCAGGACGAGAUGGCGGCCCUGACGGCCCACUGGCAGCAGACGCCAAACUUCCGGCUCAAGCUGGGCGGGAACAACAUCGCUUGCGUCUGCUCGCAGAUCCGCUUCCUCGGCUGGCUAGAAAAGAGCCAGUUUGUGAUUGGCCGAGAUUUGUACACGUGCACUUCACAAGAUGGCCAGCAGUUGAUGGUUAGUGACGUCAUUGACGACCUACAGAGUUUCUACAGACAUUGCAACGGCAGCAUGUACUUGAUGACGUCACUGGUCCUGCUGACCUUUCACCUGUUGACCUUCCUGUCGGCUGUCCUGGUCCUUAGGUUUAGGACAUGUCUGCUGGCUUUCAUCUGGCGUCUGCUGUUCCCGGCCCGGCUCAUGACUGCAGACGACUACAAGUAUGACGUCUUUCUCGGCUACGCUGAUGACGAUUUCCUGUACGUCCGCCGGGUUCUGAGUGGUUUUCUGGAGGACAGUCUGAAGGUCAGGACCUUCAUCCACCAACGUGACCUUGGCCCCGGCUACACAGACCAGCAGUUUUUCAAGGCCAUCCGCAACAGCUGGAGGGUCAUGCUGGUCGUAACAGACAACUUCCUGCACGGCUACCAGCUGUGUGACGUCAUCAUCAAGUUCGCCAGUCACUCCGUGACGUCACUCAACCCUCGCCGCCUGCUCGUGCUGGUGGAGGAGUCUCAGUACCAGAACAUUCCAGACUACUUGUAUGACGUCAUUGACGAGACCAGGAUCGUGGUGGUCAAAGACUUGCAGGGGGCGCUGGGAUAUGACCAGCAGCAGAAGAUCAAAGACUGUAUUCUCUCCUAGUCCACGUCUGCUGGUCUAAAUAUAGACAGUCUCGGCUGUGUGGCCAACAUUGUGUCAAAUCAUCCCUGUACCGACUGACCCCUGUACCAACCGACCCCUGUACCUGCUGACCCCUGUACCGACUGACCCCUGUACCGACUGACCCCUGUACCGACUGACC